UAAACCCUCCUCGCCGAACCCCCGGGAUCCCAAACCCUCGCCCUCCCCCGUCCAUGGCCGCAGCCGAACCCCCCUCCACCGCCGCUUCCACGGAUGGCGGCACCGCUGCCGCCACCCACCAGCCCUACGUCCUCCGGGAGACCCUGGUCGGCCACAAGCGCGCCGUCUCAUCGGUGAAGUUCUCCCCCGACGGCUCCCUCCUCGCCUCCGCCUCUGCCGACAAGACCCUCCGCGUCUGGUCCACCGCCGAUCUCUCCCUCUGUGCUGAGCUCUCUGGCCACGACGAGGGCGUCUCCGACGUCUCCUUCUCCGCCGACGGCCGCUACCUCUGCUCCGCCUCCGACGACCGCACCAUCCGCAUCUGGGACCUCGCCACCGCUGCCCCUCUCAAGACUUUCACCGGGCACACCAACUACGCCUUCUGCUGCUCCUUCAACCCCCAGUCCAACAUGAUCGCCUCCGGCUCUUUCGACGAGACCGUCCGCGUCUGGGAGGUCAAGUCCGGCAAGUGCCUCCGCGUCCUCCCCGCCCACUCCGAGCCCGUCACCGCCGUCGACUUCAACCACGACGGCAGCCUCAUCGUCUCCAGCAGCUAUGACGGGCUCUGCCGGAUUUGGGACUCGGCAACCGGGCACUGCAUGAAGACCCUCAUCGACGACGAGAGCCCUCCAGUGUCCUUCGUCAAGUUCUCGCCCAAUGGGAAGUUCGUCCUCGCGGCCACUCUCGAUAGCACCUUGAGGCUUUGGAACUUCUCAGCAGGUAAAUUUCUAAAGACAUACACUGGACACAUCAAUUCGAAGUUCUGCAUUCCAGCCGCAUUCUCUGUCACAAAUGGGAAGUACAUUGUUAGCGGUUCAGAGGACAACUGUGUGUACCUGUGGGAACUCCAAACAAGAAAAAUUGUCCAGAAACUGAAAGGUCAUACAGACACUGUAAUUGCCGUUUCAUGCCAUCCAUCAGAGAACGUGGUUGCCUCGGGGGCACUUGGUAAGGACAAGACAGUAAAGAUAUGGAUUCAGGAGGAUGAAGAUCAAAAAGAAGCCUGAGUGAGUUUUGUUGCAACACCAUUAUGGAAUCUUCAUUGGGGGGCUUGUUUUUUCAGGGGCCAAAUCGUGAUUUUGCAAAAAAUGAAAUUCCUACUACAUAGUUUUACCUACCCUAUCUUGUCAAUCCACCACUGUGUUAUCUUCACUAGGGGAACUGUUACCCUAGGGCAAAAUCGUGUUAAUGUCAAAUAUAUUUAUCUUAUCCACAUAUUUGUGCAAUUCAGAGUUCUGUACCUGAUCAUGCAUGGGA